AAGGGAAUCGUGGUUUCUUAUCUUGCCGUCAUGGCAUUUGUUAAUAUUGCGACUGCAUUUUUUUUGGCCAAAUAUUUGCGCAUGUUGCACAGACAAGCCAUGUCGUUUGCAUUGAGUGACAUGAUCUAUCGCUUGAUCGUUUUCUCUGUGUUGAGUGGAAUUUGGACCACUUUAUUCGCUAUUCUCGACAUAGUUACAUAUCUUGGCUUUCCAAAUACGGCGGUGUACGUCUUGUUCGACUUACCUCUUUGUUCGCUAUACUGCAAUACCCUCCUUGUGAGCCUCAACUCGCGGGAUAGUGGGUCUGCCGCAUCGAUCAACGAAUUGUCUACAUUCAAAGCUGCAUCGCGACCAGUCAUCAUAUCAGUGGAGAGGGCACGCAGUAGCAAUUUUAGUGACGACAGAGAAAGCAUUUGUAUGAGUGAUUCAGACAUAGUGUAAUUGUUACGAAUGGACAAAACUUCAGAAGAUAUCCUCAUAAUCAUCCCCGAUCUCCAAAUACCUCCUAAUGUCUUGUGCGUCCAUCCCAGUUUGGCGAGUGAAAUGUGAAAGAAGGAUGGAAUAGUUGUCUGAAGAGGUUGUUGCUAAAUAGCAAAUGAUUUGACGGGCAUUUACUGACCUGUCCACCGUACUGCCGCCUCAUGUGCCAGUGUGACAGCUCUCCUUUUCUCUUCAACUUUCACAGGAUCACAAGCGCCGUAAGCAUCGAUUUCUUCUUGUAGAACAGCGAGUUGCUUUUUCAAGGAAGUAAGCUGCUCCAACGCUGCCGCGCGAGAGUC